AGAAGAGAGGAUAUUCAGGACACAGCUGGACAAGAAAGAUACAGGACCAUCACUACUGCCUACUACCGAGGAGCCAUGGGCUUUGUGCUCAUGUAUGAUAUCACCAGUGAAGACUCCUUCAAUGCAGUGCAGGACUGGGCCACACAAAUCAAGACUUACUCCUGGGACAAUGCACAAGUGAUCCUGGUUGGAAACAAAUGUGACAUGGAGGAUGACAGGAUUGUUCCUGUGGAGAAGGGGAAACACCUGGCGGAUCAGCUCGGUUUUGACUAUUUUGAAGCCAGUGCCAAGGAAAACAUCAACGUGAGGCAGGUGUUUGAGCGUCUCGUGGAUAUAAUCUGUGAAAAGAUGUCGGAGAGUGUAGAAUCAGACAAUUCCAGGGGCACUUCUGGAAGGAGCAUGAGACUCACAGAUAACCCACCCCCUUCGCAGCAGAACUGCUCAUGCUAGUGACCCUUCACUCUGAGAAAUGUCCUUCUCCCUUCCUGACUAAAUUUUACAUUUUCAUUUGUGGUGGUGCGUUAUCAUGUAGUCCAAAGGCAGAAGUCUCUGUUGUAGGAAACUGGUAUGUUUGUUUAAUGUGCUGAAGUGUUAAUAUUAUGUAUUUCCUCAUCUAAUAAUUUAAAAAUCUGAAAAACUAUUGUAAGUGCACCUUGUGUGGAUGUGAGUUACACUGAAGAAAAAUAAUUGUUUGGUGUUUCAAAUGUUAUUUCCACAGAGAAUGUUGCAUUUUUAAUUAUAAAUUCCUCUAUUGCAGAGUUUUUUUGUCAAGAACAGUGGGAAGCACAAAAACCAAUUAAGAGGGACCAGGUCUAAAAGAAAAUGGGGGAAAAUCUUUUAUAAAGCAAGAUUAUACUUUUUUGUUAACAUAAAGCCAAAAAAAAAGAAUCAAUCCCCAGGUAUUUUGAGAGUUGUCAUUGCUGUCCUGGAGACAUGGGCCUCAAUUUUCCUGUAUGAUGGAGCAGAAAGCAGAGCAUGUCUGUCUGGCAGUGUGAGGUCCUUCAGAGAGCAAAGAGGAAAGGGGGUGGAUUUUGUGUCAAGUCUCUAAAUAGAGGAAGAACACAUGAAGGAAUCAAAUCUUUCAGGCAGGGGAAGAGGAGGAGGCCUGGCAGCCAUACCUGCAUUACCCUGUGCUUUGGCUGGUGCUGGGUGAAGGAGUGAGAGCCCUUCUAGGGCUCCCCUUGCCUCCAGACUUUUCCCCCAUCACUAGUAACAGCUCCCUAACCCUCUGUUUCUAGAAUCCCAAGAGCUGACUGUCCUGCAGCCUUUCCCCUGUGUCCUGUAAUUUUACCUCUCCAGGUCUGAUCUACUCUUAUCAACUCCCUGCUGGUGGAUUUGUUGCAGGAUGAAGGAAAGGAGGAAUUGGCUGCUCCAUGCUUAGUUGGAGGCAAAAUCUGACUUGUAAGACUUGGAAUAGCACUGUCUCAGAGCGAUAAAAAUACCAGGAGCCAAAAUAUGAGUCUUUAUAGAUAUUAGUGCCAAUAUUAUUAGAUUUUCUCUCUGCAUUUGUUGUUGAUUUAUUUUUUAAAUUUUGUGAUAGAUGGAUGCGUGUGUGGGGAUAGUUAUUCUGGUUUCAGAUUCAAAUGCCACGAAGUAUAACUUUAAAAAAAAAGGAAGAUUGAUUAAUAAAACAUAACUGUGAAUUAAAAAUGACAAAGAUAUCCUGUUAAGAGUUAUUCUACAAGUUUUUUGUUGCUUCAUUCUUUGAAGGGAGGAAACAUUUUUAAAUUAAGUGGAUAUGGAGAGAAGUUUAAGGUGAAAAUUCUGGAAAGUUUUAUGGCUUUACCUUUGGCCUGUGAAUUUCUCUGACUGAGGGGACUUCCCGACGUCAGGAACUGGAGUGGAGUACCUGCCCUCUGCACUGUAAUGUGCUGGAUCAUGACACUAGUAAGUGCUUUUGUAAUUUUGUUCUGUUCUA